CUACGUCAUUAAAAUCAUUCAAAACAAAUCACAACUACAUGUGCCGCUGCUGGCGAUCGUAGCAACCAUACUUCGAAUACUAUAUCCUUCAAAUUUGCACAGCGUUGGCAUUGAAACGAGUGAGUUUUUCCGGUUAGGUAGUAGUUGGAUGUUGUCGUAUACACGGCUUCACCAUUAAGAUGGUAGUAUCUCGCAUGAUCGUUUCAUUGCCAAAAAGAUAAUUUUCAAUGUUUAAGUUCAUGGGGGACGGUUUGGACAGUCGUCGUGGUGCUGAUGAUCCUCACAACGAUCGUGUCACUUUGUGGUGCGCGAACGAGCAAAAGCGAAGAACUGUGUGUGCUUCUUAGUGAAAUCAUAAUCGUUACUAAAUCUCUACGUUUAAUAUAGUGAAUUCGGUGUCUUAUGCUUUAGGCAUAAUCGCGAGCCAAUAUUUUCCUCCCUUUCGCGCGUAUUUCCUCAACAAGCAAACAGAACCGAUGUCAGCAUUUGCGCAAUGGAUCAAACGUUAUCCUGUCGCUCGAGGCAUGAUCACGUACAGUUUACUAUGGCCAACGGGAUGUUUUAUUCAGCAAAAGUUGUCUGGUAAAAAGUUAAAUGAAAUCGAUUGGAAAAAGUGUUGGCGAUUUUUCUUUUACGGUGGAUUCAUUGUUGCACCAUCGCUGUACUGUUGGAUACGGGUGGCUUCCAUCAUGUGGCCAAGACAGAAUCUAAAAUCGGCCAUUGCCAAGGCUUUGACGGAGCAAAUUAGCUACACACCAAUGGCAAUGACGGCGUUCUACUUCAGCAUGAGCCUUUUGGAGGCAAAAUCGGUCGAAGAAUCACUGAACGAAGUACGUGUAAAGCUAUUUCCAACAUACAAGGUUGCUCUAUGUAUCUGGCCUUUCGUACAAACAUUCAACUUUUCCGUAGUUCCUGAAAAAAAUCGCGUGCCGUUUGUCAGUAUGUGCAGUCUACUGUGGACCAUAUUUUUAGCUUACAUGAAACAAAAAGAACAAAAAGAGCUCGAGAAUGGAAUAUUUGUAAAAUAGAUUUUAAGUACUCACAGCGAGUAGAAAUUUUUCCAUUGCAGCGAUCGUAACAAUAGUCUGUGGAAGAUGUAAUUUAUUAGGGUUUUUUUAGCAGUAGUUUAACACUAUGUUCUUGCAUAUUAUAGUGCAAUAAAACCAAAAUCGAAUGAUAUGAAA